GAGACAUCAUGGACGCUUUUGAGUUUGUUGUAAAUUAUUAUUAUAGUUUUAGUGGUCUCAUCGGCUAAAUAGUAAACAAUUGUGGAUACAUUUUUUAAUUUUUCUUCUUCGUUGUGGAGAAAAACAGGAAACUGUUCAGAGGACACAGCUGACAGAUCAGUGCGGUUGUUUGACCGCAGCAGCUCUGUGAGUGUGUUCAGGUGUGUGUUUACGUGUGUGAGUGUGUGUGAGUGUGUAGCUGCUCACAGUGUGCAGGCUGCAUCAUGUUUGUGUUGGUGGAGAUGGUGGACACAGUCAGGAUUCCUCCCUGGAGCUUCGAGAGGCAACUCAACGAGGCCAUAGCCGAGGAGCUCAACAAGAAGCUGGCCAACAAGGUGGUCUAUAAUGUUGGUCUGUGCGUCUGCUUGUAUGACAUCACAAAGCUGGAGGAUUCGUAUAUAUUUCCAGGAGACGGAGCCUCACACACCAAAGUCCAUUUCAGGUACGUCGUUUUUCACCCUUUCCUCGAUGAGAUCCUGCUCGGCAAGAUCAAGUACUGCAGUCAAGAAGGAGUUCAUGUGACGAUGGGCUUCUUCGAUGACAUUCUCAUUCCUCCGGAGUCACUUCAACAGCCGGCAAAAUUUGAUGAAGCCGAGCAAGUUUGGCUUUGGGAAUACGAGACGGACGAGGGGGCCCACGACCUCUACAUGGACCAAGGAGAGGAGAUCCGUUUUCGGGUGACGGAUGAAAUCUUUGUGGACACGUCGCCAACGGGUCCGGCCACUGCGACGGAAGAGACGCCGGCACAACCUGGACAGUCGACGGCGCCGCCAGCAGAGGAGACGGUGGAGAAGAAAGAGGCCCCGUACACUCUGAUUGGGACCAUCUGUGACCCGGGGCUGGGGCUGCUGUCGUGGUGGAACAGUUAGCACUGCAGAGGAGGACGAGGACAUUUGGCGGUUAGAAACGGAUCAGCCAUCGAGACGAAGGACGGCUGGCUGGAGACACAGAAACCAGGUGAUUGGACGCAGAAGUAAAGACUAAAAGUCGAGCUGCUCUCUGAGCCAAGACGCUGUCGGUGUCAAGUGACCGAUGAUGAGUCACACUCAGACUGUGUUGUAAAUAUUGCCCUUAAAUUACCAGCUUCAUGUUUACAUGUGACAUCGACCACAUAUUUAACAGAAUCAUUCAGUGGACUUUUAUGUUCAUUCGGUAUUAUUCAUGUUUUGACCUCCAGUUCAAAAGAAAGUAAUAAUUAAGUCGUUGAUUAUUUAAAUUCAUUUAAAAUCAUGUCAUCACUACUGUAGUAUCAUAGUUGGACACACACAGGUCCCAAAAUCUGAUCUAAACACCUCAAAGUUGCUUCUGCUGCAAAACUUUGGUGCCUAAUGUUGCUAUAUUUUAACUCUUGAGUUAAAGGUGAGAGCAAUAAAGCUGAGUGUCAUUUCUGUUGAUAGAAAGUAGCGACACAGGAUCAUUUUAUGAGGCAUUUGUAUCAUCAAAAUCCAAACAAAGUAACAUGCAAUAAUAAAAAAAUACCUUUUCAGUAGGAUUAAAAGUUUUCAAGCAUAAAAUAUCUCCUUUAAUUUAAUAUGUUACCUCUCCUCUGAGUUUUUUUGUGCACACAUCCUCAGUUUAUUUAACAUCCGUGUGACAUUUGGUAUUUCCAGUUUUGUCUCUCAGUAAAAAGGUAUCAUCAGCGUGA